GGAGGGUAUGGUAAACGGUACAUACUCCGUUCGCGUGAGAGACGCGCUUAGAGCACAACUUCUGAUGCUCACGAAGAUGUAAGGCAGAUUCUCACGAGAAAAACAGACUGCAUGUAACGUUCAAAAAGUACUUGCUCGACAACUCACUAUAGCUUGAAACUUUGGCCACGCUAUUACAUGGUCCCUCAGUCUACAGUUGGCGGCGCGCUCAUCCUGAAAUCACAGUGAUAUGGAUGCUUCAAAACUGAUGAUAAUUGUUGCCACCUUAAGCAGCAUACUCUCUGUCGCGUACUGCGUGCAGAUGUGCGAUAUUAUAAAUGAAAUUGCGCAGGAACGAGAGCACUGUGAGAUCAGAGCGGCUGAAAAUGUCACAUCAGGGUGUCAAGGAACGUGGGAAAUGUUAGCCUGCUGGCCAACAGCCAAGUUGGGAGAAGUUGUCACCAUCCCAUGUCCAAUUUACUUCAGUCACUUCAAUAACGAACACAAAGGUAACCUCUCGAAGACCUGCACUGCUGACGGUUGGACGGAGAUGCACCCCAUGACUAUUGCCGUGAACUGUGGCUACAACAUGAACAGCACAAAUGAGGAUGAUGACUCAUUCUUCCGGUCGGUGAAGAUUGGCUACACCAUCGGUCACAGCUUGUCUCUGAUCUCCCUGACCACUGCUAUAAUAAUACUGUGUAUCUUUAGGAAGCUCCACUGCACCAGGAACUACAUCCACAUCCACCUCUUCAUGUCCUUCAUUUUCAAGGCCAUCUCCGUCUUCAUCAAGGAUGUGGUCCUCUACACCCAAGAUGACGACUACAACUGCACCUCCAACGGCUCCGUGGGUUGUAAGGUAGUGAUGGUCUUCUUCCAGUACUGCAUCAUGGCCAGCUUUUUCUGGCUUCUAGUAGAGGGACUCUACCUCCACGCGUUACUGGCUGUCUCCUUCUUCUCCGAGAGGAAGUACUUCUGGUGUUUCAUCCUGAUCGGCUGGGGUGGUCCAAUGAUUUUCAGCGCUGCCUGGGGCAUUGCCAAGGCCUACUUUGAUGACAAAGGAUGCUGGGACAUCAUUGAGAACACCGACCCGUACUGGUGGAUAAUUAAAACACCUAUAUUGGCAUCGAUACUGAUGAACUUCAUCCUAUUCAUCGACAUCAUUCGAAUACUGCGACAGAAGAUCAACUGUCCGGACAUUGGAAGAAACGAAUCCAAUCAGUAUUUGAGGUUAGCCAAAUCAACUCUGCUCCUGAUUCCCCUCUUUGGAAUUAACUUCAUCAUAUUCGCCUUCAUUCCCGACCACAUAAAAACAGAGCUGCGUCUGGUGUUUGACCUCAUUCUGGGGUCAUUUCAGGGCUUUGUGGUUGCUGUCCUAUACUGUUUCCUAAACGGAGAGGUGCAGGCAGAGAUCAAGAGAAAGUGGAGGCGAUGGCACCUGGAACGCUUCUUGGGCUCGGACACCAAGUACCAGCAGCCAUCCAUGGGCAGCAACGGCAACAACUUCAGCACCCAGAUCUCCAUGCUGACCCGCUGCAGUCCCAAGACGCGACGCGCCUCCUCUUGCCAAGACAGCUCUGUCAUCUGACCUUCGACCUCUCAGCCCAGUGACCUCUGAGCCCCAGAUGGCAUCCUCCAUAGACCAUUGGUCACUGUCACUUCAUUCCAUGCGCUCUUGGGCCCUCCAAGGCCAGGUCCAGCUCAGGAAGUUCUCAUAGAAGGAUCCAAAAAGGGAAUCGUGGACCCAAGGGUAGACUUUUUCCAUCCAAACAUUCAUACUGCUGUACGUGCCGUCAACUGAAUGGAAUCCCCGGGUGUGUUUUGAUGUUGCAAAGCAACAUUCAGAGACAGAGGACUGGUCUGUCGCCAGUUCAGUAUUCAUCAUCCAGGUCCUUUGAUUUCUGUGUGUGUUGCUCUGAACUGUCUCUGUUGCCAUUGUCUGGCAGACUAGCCAAAUUGCUCCCCCCCC